GCCUCUCGCGCCGCGAUCUUCAGUUUCGAUGCCCAAGUUCAAAUUGCCAGAGAAUCCCUCGAUGCUUUGCUUGCCUGCGCAUUACUUGCACACCAACGUCACCCAUCUCAACUUGCCCAGGAUAUACCUAGGUAGCCUUGACUGGGGCAUACUUCCUCAUUGCGACUCGUUCCAAGUUACUCAUCAUGUCGAGACUAGUCCCCGACGUGGUGUGGGCAGAGGAUGAGAUCGACUUCUAUGGCACGAAAAUUCCUCUUUAUCUUCCAAGUUCCAUAAGUCGGGAUGAGCUGGAAGGCAUGAAGGCGUUCGCGGACUGGAAGGAGACUCUACAUAAGAACCUCGCACUACAAAGGACCGAAGACCAUGCUUUUCACGCGCACCCGUACAGCCUGAAGUCAAUCGAGGUCAAAUCCGUCACCAAGUUCGGAGAGGGUAACGUCGGGUUCAUCACAAUUGAUGCGGCCGUGGAACGAGAUGAAAUCGACGGCGAGUCACGUAACAUCUCAAAGACUCUUCCGGGUACAGCCUUCCUCAGGGGCGGCAGCGUGGCGAUGCUCAUGAUACUCCGGCCCAAAGACUCGAGGGACGAGCGCUAUGUUAUCCUGACCGAGCAGCCGCGCCUUCCAGCGGGAUCGCUCCAGUUCCUAGAGAUCCCGGCAGGCAUGCUGGACAAUUCAGACCACUUUUCGGGCAAAGCUGCGAAAGAGAUUGAGGAGGAGACGGGCUUCAAGAUCCCGACCAGUGAGCUGAUCGAUAUGACCGAGCUGGCACUGCGUGGCUCGGACCACCCGGAGAAGAGCCUUAAAAAGGCCAUGUACCCCAGCCCGGGGGGAUGUGACGAGUACAUUGCGCUGUUUCUGUGGGAGAAGGAGUUGGACCGGCAGGAGAUCGAGGACCUGCGUGGGAGACUGACUGGGGAGAGGACCCAGUCCGAGAUGAUCACCCUGCAUGUCAAAGAGUACGAGGCUCUCUGGAGGGAUGGUGCCAGGGACGCAAAGACGCUGGCGGCUUGGGCGCUUUACGAGGGCUUGAAUCGGUCGGGUGAGCUGCAAAAAGAAAAGAAGCGGAAGAGAGAAAACAGCAAUAGCUCUCAGUCAUCCCAGGAGAAUUCCCGGGCCCGGAAGACGGCGAAGAAGUUGUAAUGCGAAGAGUGUAUCAGGGUGUCAGGGAUGCUUGUACAGCCAAGGUGGAGGUCUCAUUAAUGAAGCCCUCUUCUAGUGGUGUCGAUUUUACGCCUCAAUGAGCUCGGGGACUUCAAGUUAUGCCCAAUGAUUCAAAUGGUCCGUGUUUUAUACAACAUCUCAAGCUGUAAAGUCUUGCAGCCUCCUGGAAUGGACCCCGUGGGCCUGAUUGGCUUCCGGUGUCCACACUUGUGCUCUGCAGAGCAGCUGUAUGGUCAUCGCGGACUGUAUGAGUCCUUCCGUUGGCGGCCGAGCACGAAGAUGGAACGAAACUCCCUCUGACCCCAUAGUGAUGUAAUCCGACGGGGUGGCUACUCUUCUAAUACCUAGGUACUCUGGGAACCUAUUUGCAAGCCCGUCCACAUAGCUACGGAGUUGCCAUUUUUAGAGCCACAGUGCGG